GGCUCUGGAAUCGAUGCGCUCUGCCAUCGCCCUGAUUACCUGUGUUCUCGAUCGUUGCGCUCUCCUAUCGACUUCUCUGCCUCUUUUCUUGCGGAAGUCGCUGUGUGAAGCUGGUCAGCUUCCUGGCUGAGAAGCACACAAACACAAACAACGGCUUUAUUUACCCCGAGUCUUGGGGUGAUACAGACCAGAAGGGUAGAUUGGCAAUCUUGGGUGAGCUUGGAUGAUUUUUCUGAGUUAGGAGAGGUGCGCAGCACAAUCACACGGACGGGCUGCUCUAACCUGUAUGGUACCCGUGGCGUUCGGCAGGAUGCAGGCUGGAGUCACGGCAUCUCCGGAGGGCCUGUCGAACGGUGGAGAUCGGGUCGACCCCAGUCAGCUCUCUCCCAGGGAUGCGGGUACCGUCGAGGUGUCUGACCUCAGUAGCCCCAAGCCCCUGACCUUCGACCUCCUGAACAUGGUCGUCUCCUUCAAGCGCAUGGUGAUCUUCCUGGAGCCAGUGAACGACGUCAUGGAGCUGGUGAAGUUCCUCUUGGGGUGGAGGAUGCCGCUCUGCUCUCUCUUCUGCUGUGUUGUCCUCAACGUCCUCUUCCUGACGCUCAACGAAGUGGCCUGGUUCUCCCUCUGCCUGCUGGGCAUCUCCACCCCCGCGGCUCUGGGCUACUUCCGGGAGUGCAGGCGGGGCUCGGCCAGCGAGACGGCCCUGCGGCGGAAGCAGCAUCAUGCCGUGCAGCGGCGCGACCUGCAGACCGUGCGGCUGAGCCGGCAGGAGGCGCUGCUGGAGGUCAAGGGGCUGCUGAAGCAGCUGGACGACAUCCUGACGCAGACAUGCCUGUCGGCCGAGUCCGUGUACAAGGUGCUGUACUGGGAGAGUCACAUCGCUUCGUCCAUGUUCUACGGCAGCCUGCUGGUCCUGCUCUGCCUGCUCUACACCGCCCCCACGGGCUGGACGCUGGUCGUCGUCAACAGCGCCCUCUUCCUGUGGAACAGGGACUUUCGGCGAGUCAUCCUGGAAAAGAGGGACCUGCUGCAGCAGGGCUGCCUGAAGCCGGCCGAGGAGGCUGAGAGCCCCGAGCCGGAGCAGCCGGGCUUGGGGGACCACACCCCGACACCCAACAGCAUGGAGGACUUCUCCCCAGGAAGCGUCGAGGAGGCUGAGGAGGCGGAGCCUGAUGACGACUUCAAAGACGCCAUAGAGGAGUCACCGGCCUCCCUUGCGGAGGCCCCACCGGUGGCAUUGGUGGAGGACGACGACGUGCCUGCAGGGGCUCCGGAAUACGACUCCACGUCGGACAACGGCCUCCUCAGCCGGAAUGAGCCCAUCCGCAGCAAGGUGUCCAAGCUGACAGAGAGGCUGCGCAAGCUCAACAGCGGCGCCAACAAUGCUGCACCCCCACCCCCAAGCCACUCCAGAGUGAACCCACAGGCAGGAUGAACAGGAUCAGCACCCCCUUGUGGCAGGAACAGGAGAGGCUGUCUCCGGGGGGGUGCAGCUGGCACUGCCAAGGAAGGGGUCUCCCAGUUACGGUGACAGACAGGAAGCACCCUCACCCCCCGAGAACUUCACAGACAGGAAUGUACUAGGGAUUCAUUUGGUCAAUAUGCCUGAGAAUUGCUCAGAACACACUGAAAACACACUUGGAACAUACUCAGAACAUACUCAGAAUGCACUGUGAACACGCUUGGAACACUCUCAGAACAUGCUCAGAAUGCACUGAGAACAUGCUUGGAACACUCAGAACAUGCUCAGAAUGCACUGAGAACACGCUUGGAACACUCAGAACAUGCUCAGAAUGCACUGAGAACACGCUUGGAACACUCAGAGCAUGCUCAGAAUGCACUGAGAACACGCUUGGAACACUCUCAGAACAUGCUCAGAAUGCACUGAGAACACGCUUGGAGCUCUUGCUCAGAACACGCUUGAAAACAUGUGUUUCUGCUCUACGGUUUGUUGUCCGAUCGUGACCGGACAACACCUGGAGUCCAGCGAUUUUUGUUCCUCUGCUGAGUGGUCUGUACUCCCCUUUACACGUUUAGUGACAAACCGUGAUCUUUUGCAAAGCUGUGAUUUCCAAAUAGCACCUUUUUCCUGCACAUUCCAUGGACAUUGCUGUUAGAGCCCUUCCUGGAGGGCCAGCUUCCCGGCGUCCGCCGCGCAUUUUACCGUAAACACGGCCAGGGACUUAGACGUCAUUUUCAAUAAAAGCUUUCCGUCCGGCGCUUUGCUUGGAUCGCGGCCCCGGCGAAUCAUCUGCCUGUUUCAGGACUCGGGGCCCUUUGAGACGGCGAUGAUGUUGUGCACUCAUUACACCUCCGUCCGAUCCAGCAGAUUCCCCUGCCAGGGUUAGUAAAGCACCAGAGUAUGAAAAACCACUUCAGCAUUAAGCAGAGACUGACAGAGCAUGCCCUCUUUGCGGGGAAUACUGGAAUAGUCCGGCCCUCACGUCCCAAAUCCUGCUCGCUUCCGAGUGUCUGCUUAGGGGGAAUCUCUCCCCAGCCUCAUUUACUCUAUUGCUCGUUUGUGAUCUCUAAACGAGGCGUCCAGCUGUUGGGUUCGAACCUUUCUCCAGUCUUCUUGCCAGAAUCACAUUUCUUUUCACUCAAGCACCUUUUCCCCACUAGUUGCUGUGUUGCAGCCAGUGAUUUCAUAGCUGCCAAGCUGUAAUUCCCACUGUCCCCUGAGCCUUGAACAAACCAACGUUUAU